CCUCAAAACAAAGAGUUCUCUCUACCCCCAUCUUCAAUUACCAUUCUAUCCCACAAGGUGUGAGGCUUUUGGUCCAUCGCCGUAUAUUAUUAUUUCUAAAAAGCCAAAACCAUGAAGCAAACGGUGGUCCUCCAGGUUACCAUGGAUGGGCAGAGGUGUUGUUUCCGCAUUAUGAAAAGCCACCAUGCUCGCAAAAAAGCCAUGAGGAUUGCAGUUGGCCUUUCAGGAGUGGAAUCAGCAACUAUAAAAGGGCAAGACAAGGACCAAAUAGAGGUAAAAGGCGAGAAUAUCGAUACCGUUAAGCUUGCAACGUUACUAAGGAAGAAAGUAGGGCAUGCAAGCAUACUUAGCGUUGCAGAAGAGAAGAAAGAAGAGAAGAAAGAAGAGAAAAAAGAUGAACUGAAGAUACAGUACAUGGUUGGGCCUCCUAGUUAUGGUUUGCCUCCAUACACAUGCUAUGAGAUUCCCAGAUAUGACACACCCUCUUGCUCCAUAAUGUAAUUUUGUACCAACCAUCAGCAAAAGUAACAACAAAGAGGGAGACACUUGAAGGGUUAAACUAUACAUCUUCUGGUCUUCAUGAUGAAUUCCUUAAAUGGAUAAUUUUCCAUUCAGAUAAGAUAAAAAAUUUUCUUGAUACCCAAAAAAUAACGUAAGUGCUUCCUGAGGUGAUGGAGAUGCAUAUUUUACUUUAAAUUAACGCUUGGUUUCAUUAUACAUUGUUAAUGUUAUUUUUCUCUCCUCAUAGAGAACUUCAAAUUAGUAUAAUUUUAGUUGUUUCCCGUUUGACAACAGGGAGAAUUUAGCCACACUAGAAAUUGUAAGUUAAAUAUUGUUGUUGGUUCUUGUGUUCACAGAGUUGUUAAGAGUGAAUAAUAAAAUAAUAUUAGUGGUGGAUUUAUUAAUAAA